UUCAUCACAAAUACCUCUUCAUUGGCCUUUCCCAAGUAGGACCGUUUGACAGCGGUUGCAGUUUCACCCCGGAGUUUAGUGAGGGAACAACAACACUGCUGCUGUGCUGAAGUCGUCGGUGCGCAGCUGGUUUGACAGCAGCUAUCGAGCAAUCUAGCCCACGUUACCUCCAAGAGUUUGAGGUGGCUCUGCCAAAAUGUCGAUAUUCACGCCAACAAACCAGAUUCGGUUGACCAAUGUGGCAGUGGUCCGGAUGAAGAAGGGCGGGAAGCGGUUUGAAAUUGCCUGCUAUAAGAACAAAGUCAUGAGCUGGCGGUCAGGAGCAGAGAAGGACUUGGAUGAGGUCCUCCAGACCAAUUCAGUCUUCAUCAAUGUGUCAAAGGGACAGGUGGCAAAAAAGGAGGAUCUCACCAAAGCUUUCGGCACUGACGAUUUGACAGAAAUAUGCAAACAGAUUCUGGCGAAGGGCGAGCUGCAGGUGUCGGAUAAGGAGCGUCAGAGUCAGCUGGAGACCAUGUUCCGCGACAUCGCCACCAUCGUGGCCGAGAAGUGCGUCAACCCCGAGACCAAGCGGCCCUACACCGUCAACCUCAUCGAGAGGGCCAUGAAGGACAUCCACUACUCUGUCAAGGCCAACAAGAGCACCAAACAGCAGGCUCUGGAGGUGAUUCGUCAGCUGAAGGAGUCGAUGCAGAUCCAGCGUGCCCACAUGCGUCUGCGCUUCAUCCUGCCGGCAAAAGACGGGAAGCGGUUGAAGGAGAAACUGAAGCCCCUCAUCAAGGUCACAGAGAGCGAAGACUUUGACGAUCAGCUGGAGAUGGUGUGCCUGAUAGACCCGGGCUGCUUCAGAGAGGUCGACGAGCUUAUCCGCUGCGAGACGAAAGGCAAGGGCACUCUGGAGGUGCUGAGCCUGAAGGACGUGGAGGAAGGGGACGAGCGGCUGGAGUAACGCAUUACUUCCUGUCUAAAGCAUCAAUUCCUGUCUAUAUAUAUACGCCACAACACCGAUGGGAGAGGCCUUUUAAACGCACCCUAUGUUGCUAUGGAAACAUAAUUUUUUAUUGCAUCUGACAUGCUAAAGGGCCACUGAUGAAAAGGCUGUUCCAUAAGGAUGUUAUUUGAUAGGCUAUUAUUUUCUAUGAAAACCACGUAAUAGCUUGUUUGAUGGGUAAUAGAACGUAGAACAACAGAGAAAAACUAUGGCCACAGGGAUUGGUGAGUGAAGGACACUGAUGUGCAGCAUGUUGAGCAGUUAGUGUUGUGAGGGGCGAGCUGUAGCAUGCUAACUAACACUAUGUUUCCUGUGCCUUGCUGACCACCUUAUCUUCUUAUUUCUCAAUACAGACUGCAAAUAAUAACCAGACAAACCGCCUCUACUGCAGAGUAGUGAGCUAAUUAAACGCAUCCGUUGUCACACAGAGCAACACAGCAAGGCUAGCCAGGCAGAGCUGAGGGGAGCUGACACUGGCCGCGUUUGUGAUGGCACAUUGCUGCUUUUGCUGGGCAGCGUUCAUGGGCACUUUGCCAUUUCAAUGCAUUCUGGUUUGAAAAAAUGUAUUCUGUUUAGAAAAAAAGUUGAAGAAAUUUCUAACCAGAAUGCAUCGAGUGAUUGGUCCAGUUUCCAUUUUCCCAUCAGUGUUUUGGAAAGCAUGUGUUUGGGAGGCCAAUAUCAGUUGGUUCAGUUAUGAGAUCGCAGCUAUACGAAUGCCCCGAGAGCAUUUUUAUGUAUGGGUGUGUUAAUUACGCUGUGUACAACACACCAGUGCUAUAUAAUGUACAUUAUUAAUUAAAAUUUAAUUUGAAUAUA